CCGGAGGGAGAUGCGGCGCCCAGCGAGCGCCCAGACCCGCGCCCGGCUGUGAGGAGCACGAGGUAAGGUACCGGCCGCGGAACGGCGCCCGGCGUGGGCUGCCCCGAGCCCGGGGAGCGCUGCGGGAGCCGCGCGUCCCCGUUUCUAUGGGGGAAACUUCCGAGGCUGAGCGCGGAGCCCCGCCGUUACGCAAUCCGGAGCCGCCUGGCAGCUGCUGCGCGCUCUAACUUUCACGGCGGAGAAGGGAAGAUGCGCACCGUGCGUGCCCGCACCGCCGCUUUCCGCCGGGAAGCAGCAGGGAGAGCCGGCGGCACGGCGCUGUGCGGGCGCGGAGCGCGGAGCCCAGCCUAGGAAGGGUCGCGAGGAGCUGCCGCCCCUCCUUCGCUCGGCGCCGAGAGAUCCCCGCGCAGCGCCCAACUUGCGGUGUGGCACUUCGGGGCAACCGGCCCCAAAACCGCCUCGCCUCAAGGCCACCAACGCCGUUCUGCGGGCGAGCGGUGCUGGGAGGCAGCUCCUCGCCCAGGAACGUGCCCUUAACGCUCCGAGCCCCUGUCACCAGCACCGCUCGAUGGGAGACGGGGUGGAAACGCAGCAGACGGGACGCCGAGCAUCGAGGUCAGGAGCUCCGAGCAGCGAGGGGUGCGGGCUGCACCGGGCGGUGGGGAGGCGGCGGGGGGACGCGGAGCAGCGGGGAACGCAGAGAGCGCAGCCUGAAGCUCGCACUGCCGUCCCCCAGGGCCUCGCCCCGGGCCCCAGUGCUGCCGUGGGAUGUGGAGGUGGUGGAGCGCUGGGUUUGACCUUGGGGGGCUCAGCUGCUGCGGGGAGGGUUCCGCUCCUGAGGUCUGUGGUCGGGAAGUUUGCACGGAGCUGAUUUUCCCACCCUUGAGCAGCGUUAUUUUUUUUCUAUGAAACAUUGGAAAGUAGUGAGGAAAGACAAAACGGGUCAUGCCUAAUAGAGAGAGGAGAUUCAUCCCUCUGCUUAAGUGUACGGUGGCGAUUACUGCCCGUAGUCACAGUGCUGACAGCAGUGCUGUAUGUAUCAAGGUUAAAAUCUCGCUGCUGGAUGAAGAACUCCUCGCUGAAAUCACAUGGCUGUCACCAUCCGAGCCAUGCGCUGCAUUUAAUGCAACACUGCAAACAAACACCUCUAGUAGAAACAACUGGUGUGGAGGAGAAGGAGCAUAUACCCCAGGAGAGGCCGAGGGGUGUCCUACCAGCCUGCCCCUGCCUUCCUCUCACUACAGCAAUUCUGUUCCCCAACUCCAAAAAGCAGGUGCAAGUUAAAAGCUGCAUUUUGUUCUGGCAUUACCAGUGCGCACAAGCAGCUCGGAUGGAGAUCAGUCAGAGCUCAGACAUCACUACUUUGUCACCCACAGCCCUGUUCCAUACACUGGUGGCACAGUCCUUGGCUUCAGUGGAAAUACACGAUGUACAUUGCUAAUCUGAGUGCUCCUAAUGAGCAGCUGUAAAAUAAAAUUACCGCCCUCGAGUUUAAGGUGCUGUUGCACUGCAUUUAAAGCAUACUGCUGCCCAGAAUGAGCUCACUGAAGAAGGCUGACACUAAAUAAGCUUUUUUUUUUUUUUUUUUUUUCCCCUGUUGGUAAGGACAUCACAAUGCCCUUGAUGGGAGAUGUGUUCUUUAGGGCUCCGUAAUUAUUAAUGCCGUAUAUAUUUUAAGAGGAUGCUCCAAAUGUUUGUAAUAUAGGGUGAAAGCAGUGCCUUUCCCCAGCCUGACCGCACACAGACAGAACCAAAAGGCAGCAGGGAGCAGCACCGUGGCUCAGUUACUUGCCAAGGGACAGCACUGCACCCUUCCCACUAAUGAAGCACACAAACAAGUAGCUCCUAAGAUCACCGCUGUGAUUCUUUCCCUUCCCAGUUAACUAUUUCAAUGUCAGAAGUCUUUUCUGUAUGACAGAUGCAGAGCAUUCGUAAUAAAUUUGGAGGCAGAUGAGCAGCUAAGUUGAUGCAGAUGAACGUGUACAGAGAGUUGAGCUGAGAGCCCCAGAGCCUGCACAGGCAGCAACCCAGCGUGUGAGCUGGCUCCUGGUGUGCACUACCAGGGACUGAACACUACUGGUCAGCACAACACUUCUGCUGCCAGAGACCCACAGACGACACAGGGAGACGUUAAUGUUUUGUUUAUCCUGUGCUGGAGAAUUUCAGAGCAACCAAACUCUGUGCUGUGGCCGAUGGGGGAGUGAGAGCUGGGGAAACCUAUCAGCUUGCCAAAAGCUAAGCUGUGCUAAGUGUAAGGAUACCUCUGCAAAGCAACAGAGCUGCGUAUCGCACGGCGGCUCCUUGCACAGCCACAGUCAACUUGGCAGGGAGAACUUAGGAUGUACAGUCAGAGAAUUCACCGUGCUUGGGGAAAUGACACACAAAGAAAGCUUGCUUCAAUCAGAUAUUGAAAAAGGUGUUGUUUCUUGCCUCGUGACAGCCACUAUUUGAAGCACUGCUGAAAAUCUAUGCAGGAUUAAAAAACACGUUAGCAACCAAUCUGUACCUGUUUUACAGCACAGUACUAACUUACAUCUUGCCUAUCUUUUUAGAUUCAGUAGGCUUGAAGAAAAUGAGACAGCAAACAUUAUAAGUAAAAAAAAACCUCAGUGUGGUGAAUGCCACAUUCAGCCUUUUGAGAAGUAGUGUUUGCUUUUAUUCUGCUCAGAACAAUGCAACCUAUGGACGUACACAGGUGCGACUCCCUGGGUACCAACAGUCAGUCCUAAACGAUUAUUGACUUCACAGAAGAUGAUCAGAGCAUUCUCUUAUUUUAGUGGCACAUCACCGCUUUGAAGUCAUUUGACUCCAAGGCUACAACUUUCAGGCAGAAAAUAGGUUCUCUGCUGGAUGAUCCCGUCAUACCUCAGAGUAGUUCCACUUGCUUGCAGAUUUGCAAUGCCCUCUGCCUUAAGUCACCUGCUUUCAAGUUAUGCACAGGAACAGCAGUCCCAUAAAGAUAUAUGUUGUAACAGUAACAACGCAGUGUUGCAUCAGCUGCUUUUGAUGUCCUCCUCUUUACCUACUUUUUUUUUUUCUAUCAGUGGCAAAAGGGAAUGGGCUGAUUUUAGUCCAGCAAUAAUUAUUGCAGCCAAAUCCAUGAUUUAAAUACAGAAACAUAGAAGGGAAUACGGGCCAUUUUUACUGCCUGAACAUCACGGGAUGAAUGUAAAAGGAGGCUCUGGAGGCUUCCAAGUCCUGCAGCACUUGGAUGCAGAUCUGAACUUCUUAAAUUCUCAUUACAAGAGGAGAUUUGGGGAGGUGCUGAGGUUCCACCACAUGCCCAGCUCCCAGAUCUGGGCAGUUUGCUGGCAAUGGCCUCAAACUCAGCCCACGCUGUGUUGAACAUCUCUGUAAUGCCACCUCCAUCUGCAUCUCUGAUGCUGCAGCCACCAAAAUUGAGCUGGAGCAGCCCAUCUGUAACCAGUUACAUGCUGUCAGGGAUUUAACUGUAUGGCUUAGAGUGGACAAGCUGUAUAUGAAAUGAGACUUUGGUAUUCACUGUCAAUACAGGAGUCCUGAAUAAAGCUACUCCUGCAGAGCCACUCCAGCUUGGUUCCUAAAAUCCUCUCCUAACAAACUCCAGUUUCACUGAACGAGUUCGAAAAAACUGCAGUCAGAUGGUGGACCCAAGAACACAAAUGCACAUGACUUCUGCAACCAAUUUACCAAAGACCUGAGGUCUUUUUCCUCUGUGUGCAUUUACUUCCAUUUGCCCUGGUGCAGAGAUUCCUUGCUAUUGGUACUGAAACACUACAGACCGAAUCCCAGCUUGAACUCACGUUCACGCUAUCCAUGGGGAAGAGAAGCAAGCAGCUACUGUUAUUUUUGCCCGUUCAUGAUUGCUGUGGCACAUUUGUUAUAAAACUAAACAGUUUUACCAACAAAAGCAAAGGCAGGUGAGCCUGUAUGGUGUGGAGAGAGGAAGAGUCAGCAGUUAACAAGAAGCAGAGCACAGAGCUGCCAUCAAAGCGCAGCAGUGAGGAGCGCCCACACCUGAGCUGCUCUUUAAGGAGUCCAUGAGGUCAGAGCUCCCAACCCAACCAAGCCCCUCAUGUUUGAACCAUGGCGUGACUUAAAAAAUAUUAAAAAAAGAGCCUCUAUCCUGCUUAAUAUAAAACUACCAUUGCAGGUUUAUAGCUUCAGGACUGCGUUGUGAAGUUAGAAUGUGGAAAGAGGUUUGGGGCUUGUUAGCUUCUGCUCUCCUUGGGAAAAGAAGGAAGAAGAGAGAAUUCAAUCAAAUCAAUAGCAUUUGUGAUUUAUAUGUAAAUAAGAAACAUUUACAGCAAGCCCAGUCUCCUUCAAAUCAUUAGUAAUUGGUUGUUCGUGCCCAUUUUGUUGUUACAUUCAUUAUUCUUUUCUGCAAAUACAGUCAGAUAUGAGGAGGGAGCUGCAAGUAAAGACAUUUGAGUUGUGGAUCACUUUAAUACAUUUUUGUGUAUCGAGGCCAUCAGGAAAUAAAAUACUGCAGUAUCUCUGAGAGCUGACAAAGGAACAGACAAAACAUCCCGAUGCUGAAGAGCAUAAUUCAGCAAGAAAUUAUGCUUGAACUGCCUUUUAACACCAAGAACACUGAUCCCUUCUAUAAGCUGGGCCUAAGUUGCUCCAUUCAAGGUGAAUCUGUGUCUUUUAGCAGUCCUAGCCGCGCGAGCUGGUGAGAAAAAUGUGUUAUAUUCCUGCAUUCACACUUUGUGUGAGUAUAAAAACACACAAAGCCCUGAUAAAAAUGAUGCAAAUUAUCUGACUAGUAGGCAAUUCUGGUGCCUAGAGCGUUAUUCAGGCAAUUCCGAUUAAUAAUAGGGGACUUCACAGCCGCAAUCCCACAUUCCAGAUAAGCAGAGUAUAUAACUCAAACUGACAAAGGGGCCAUAUAAAUAUCCCUAAAAGGAUCUUUAAUUAUUAUUUUAAUGCACUUCCUAAUCAUCCGUACCACAAAUAACCCAUCCUACAACACCAGAAUGUUUUGAAAGCUCUUCCUCCACGUUGUCUCACAGGUUCAUGAAGCCUGGAGGCAAUUUACAUCUCCACAACAUCCACGCAUGCUCACAUUGCUUUUCCCUUCAUUCUCCAUCCAGUUCUCCCCAUAUUGAACCAAAAUCAGUUUUUUCUUGUGAUCUGGAACACCUGUGCUGCCCACAGGCUCCACUCGUUCCGCAUUACUCACGUAGGAUGAGAAUUUGAGACUCUGGGGUUUGAGAUUUGGGGCUUUUGCAAUUCACGUUUGAAUUUAACACAGCUUCACCUCAGGUCAGAAUCGAGCUCUUCCCUCAAGUUAUUUCAGAAACAUUGUAGAACCAGCCUUCAUGAAAGAAAAUUUACACAGUACAGCAAUUAAGUAUCACUCUUCAGGUAGCCAGUGUUCAUUUUCGCACCAUCCUUUCCUGCUGCAGAAGUCAGACUGAUUUGUGUCCCUCUCUCCUUUCCCACCGUCAGCACACUCAGCUCUAACUGCACGCUAACAAUUUACAGCUACAGCAAAGCCAGAACCAGAACCUGCUUGAAACUAAAAGCUGUUCACAAGUGUCCUGCUCGGGAAGGUGAAAAUUACAUGGCAUGUAUUUCCCAGUGACAGCACUGGAGUGCAAGUACAAAUCUCCUAGACUGAUGUUAUUCAUCAAUUAAUACCCUGCUAAAGAUGUCAGGUUUUAGCCCUAAAUUACCCGACCACAUCCUCCAGCCCCGCUUCACACCCUCCUUACACUUAUCUGCAUGUAACCAUAAUCCAACCAGAAAGAGCUGGCAGUGCUCUGAUGCCUUGCAACUGCUGACCUCUGUCUGUCAUCUCCCAUUCGUAGCAGGCUGGAGCACAGCCCACACAACUGAUUUGCCCUGCAGUGAGGUUCCCAUCGCGUGGCACCCAACCCUCAUCCUGCAGAAGGGAGGACGUAAGGCUCAAAAUGGAGCUGGAAUCUGCUUCUCUCUUUCCAUCUUUAUCUGCCCAACAACAUUUGAAAAGCUAGGAUGAGAAAGAAGACAAACUGUAUUUGGUGUCGAUGCUUGCAGCCAAGGCGUUCCCAGUGCCCUGAGCCCAGAUGGCUCUCUCUGGAGGUCUGACCAUUUGGCAAACCCGUGGGCUGAGGCUGAGGAAGAGAACUGCUUUUUCCUGUCAUCAUUUGAUGCAUUUUAUCUUUUUGUUGUUUUUUUUCCCUCUGAACACCCACAAAAACUACCGAUGUUUACUGAGAACAAUUAAAGGUUUGCAUUAAACAAUAAUGCAGAUAAGGAACUGUCCUUAAGUUCCUAUUUUAACAGCUUGCUGCUUAAAUUAUUGAACAGAAACUGCCAUAGAAAUGAAAAACCCUUGCAGUGAGAGCACACUGGCUUUUGGACUCCUGGAAGACAGUACAGUAUAAGCAGAACUAUUUGCAAUUCUCCUAGCAACACAUCCUCAGCAACAUCCUUGUACUACGAAUAUCAGCUGUAAUGCUGAAAGAGUCGCACAGAUUUACAUGGGAAAAUAAUGCUAAUAAACCUUUCCCCAGAUUUUUAUAGUAGCAAUAGCUGCAUAAUACAUAAAGAAAAAUAAGCAUAAUUCUUGUAGUAGCGCUGUUAUUCUUUCCAGUACAGUAAAUUCUAGCAAAUGUUUGAUAUUGUAACAACUCUACGAAUGCUGUGAAUUGACAGGGAAUAUCUUUUGACGUUGAAUUUGUUCCAAUAUGAAGUAAAUAGUUAUUAACUAAAACCACGGGGGUCUGUAUUAUGUAAGUGCAAAUCUCCUAUUAGCAUUAAUAUUCACUGCACAAACAUCUUAAGGGAAAAUCCUGUACAUCUUAUUGUACGGGAUUUUAUCACCAUGGAUGGAUAACUCGAUCUGAUGCAUGUAACAAUAUAGGAAGCAUCAAAAAGUAAGAAUUAUUAAUAAACUGUCCUCAGAACACGCAGCAGACAUCACAAUUGUAGAAGAUAACAAACAUCAGUUUGUGCAUUCAGAGAAACUGUUUUGUCAGGGAAUUUUAAAGAGUUUAUCCUGCAACAUGUAACUUUUCUAUCUGAAAAUCCACAGGCUUCUUAUAUCAUAUAUUUUAUUUGUAGCCACUUAGCUGUAAAACUGAAGCUCACAAGAGCAUUUAAAGGCAUUUACAGUCCAUUUCAGCCAUUAGGUAGGAUAUUAUUUUUAUACAUCAUUGGUACAGAGCCUACCAGUGGGUGGGGGGAAAAGGGAAAAUCCAAUGCCACGUGAUCCUACACCAAAGGAAGACUUUCAAGGCAAUUAAGAAGCAGUCACGUCAUCACUGAAACGAGAUGAUCGAUAGAUAGAACAGUUCAGUUGGAACAGACCUGCAAAAACCAGAGUCCGACUGCCUGCUUGUUUCUGGAGAUUGUGCUAACAGCCAUCACAACGCUACCACAGGUCUUCAUCAAUAAUGUAGGUAGACAAUCUCAAAGCGUCUCCAGACCACAGAGUGAAAAACCCGAGCUAGGCAAUUGGUGGUAAUGCUCUGUAAUUCAUUGGAGUGGUACAAACUUCUCAAAACAGGAAGAUGAUCAGGCUACGGCAAUUUGCCCUCAGCUUGAUAAAAUACGGAAUAUAUGAAAGCAGCAAUAAGAAUGAAUUCAGCAUUGAGCAAUGACUAAGGAAGUUCAAGAGAGAAAAUUCAAGUUCAGUGCUUAAGGGGUUCAGAACAGAGUUUAAAAAAAAUAUUAGUUUGACAUUUACCAGCACUGCUAACUCUAUUAUUCUACAUGAACAAUUCUGAUAAAAGGAAGACAGACUGCUCUACCACGUCAGUUUUCUAUGUCAUAAGGCGUAGGGGUUUUUUCCCUAAUAGCCAUCUGUACUUUUUAAACCACAAAAAUGGGUCAGGCCUUAAAUGUAUCUGGAAGUCGUAUUUCAUCCUCAUACCUGCGUAUUAAACCUCUGUAAAAAUUGUAACGUGGAAAAAGCUUCUGCAAACAGCUACUAAUUAAUAAAUGGCUAGGAUGAUGAGCAUUUCCCAGUACAUUUCUUCCUUAUCAGUCCAGUUUUGCUCACCGGACUUUACUCAUUUAGCAUUCAGGUCACUGUCAUAUUAUUUUUUAAGUAACAACAUUAAUAACAGUGGAUUUCUUUGAAAAGAGUGAAAAUGCUCCUAAAAAAGGUGAAAUUCGUAAUGUGUGACAGUGGAAGAAAUAAAAACGUACCAUCAGAGGUAGCCUACUAAACUCAAAAUUAUGAAAAAUAUUCUGAUUACAUGUACAGUAUCUUGCUAUCACUGGUCUACAUAAUGGUACAUUUAGAGUCUACCAAGAAAAUAGGCUUCCAUCUUGUAUUAUAGUUACAGGAAGUCAAUCCGAGUUUCUUUCUAAUGUCCAUUUUAAUGAUGGAAAUAGAUUAGAGACCAUGUGUAUACUUAAAAGACAACUUAUAAAAUCAUUUUUGAAAAACAAAUAUAUAUUAUUAAAUGUUAUGAUGAUGCACAAAGACAGUAUGCAGGGCAGGAUUUCUCAUGAGGAAGUACAGCCUUCAGAAGCCAGAACAAGCUGCAUAUCACCAAUGACCUUUCCUAUAAAGUCCAAUCCUUUGAGUUAUUUUUUUCUUUAAGCUAUUAAAUACAUUCACAGACACCUUUGUGCUCUUCAUAUGUGCACACAAGUUUACAGCUACAUCUCACACAGUGCCUUUACAGGGCCUGAAAACACACAGAUCGGCAUCUCUGCUUGUCAGAUGCAUCUGGAAAUUGGGAAGUUGAAGUCCACACUGUUUAUUAAUACAUACUGCUGGGAACCCAUUUCACCACAUAACUUGAGGAGGAAAUCUAGGCAGUGUCUCUACAUGAAGGGUAGAAAGGGAGGCAUUUAUUUAGCUGAACAAUGAACGUGGUUUCCAUGACUUACCCUGAAGAUUCUGUGCAAACUUAAGGCUUCUCUGUGUACCAUUUUAUUACUAUCAUUUAAUAGUUUACCUCCAUUUUCAAACAUAAGGGAACCCUGCUUAGGUGUAAUCAACCAGGAAUUUAUAAACAAAUCCAGGCUAAAAACUGAAAAAUAAGCUCUGUGAUUAUUAAAUAUUUUGCUUUGCAAAUUGUGUCAUGCAAUCAGGGUUUGUUUAGAGUAAGUAUAGACAAAUAAUAGAAAUGUGUUAUCUCUGUUGGCAUCUGCAACUGGAAUGCAAAUCCAAAGCUCUUCUGAGCCUGGUGACAUUGUCAGCCAUCAAUGCUGCCAUACUUAAGCAAAUUCUGAAUCUCCAUCUCAGCAGUUCCCCAAAGUAACCAAAAAACCAUGCAGCUUGUAGCACAUUUUACAAUAGCCCGUUUUACAUAAACCAGCCUUUCCUUGUACUCCAUCAUACACCACGUUGAGUGAGGAGCAGCAGAAUCACAGAUAAGUGCGUGGAGGAAAGGAAACAAAUGAUACCGAGAUUUCCUUUUUCCAUUUACCAGACCAGGUCCAGGUCUGGUCAGGUCAACAUGCCAUGUUCCCGUUCCCCAUGAAAUCAUCCUGAAUUUUGGUACUAUAUUUAGUGGAAAGAAGGUGGACCUCCAGCACUGUGUGCUCUCAAAUACAAGUGGGAUGAUUAAACGUGACUCCCUAAAAAGUACAUUGUAUUGUCUAAGUAAACCAAGAUUGAAGCCAACACCUUGUCCAAAACAUCAAUGAAACAAACAAACAAAAGUAUUAUAUACACUUUUCUGUGUUAAAUAACCAACUCAAAAUCAACUCUUUGCUCAGUUGUUUUGCUUUCCAAUGUGCACAUACAGUUCACCUUGGAGACACAGAACUGAGCAAAAAUGUAGUUCUUUUGGUUGCUGUAAUUCUUAGUCACAGAUAUUGAUGAAAUUAUUAGUCCAAGAUACUAGAGCUCUAGAUUAGCUAAAUCAAUCAGGCCUGUGCUACUGAGAAAGAGAAACAAGCAUUUUGAAGAGUCAAUUAUUGGCUGCUGAAGGCAUGCUUAAAAUGAACUGCAGCACGAAUAGAGUGCCCUGUUUAUCUAUUUCUAUUCUGUAGAAUAUCACCAGGCUCCUGGUUUUGUCUGGGUUAGAGAUUCCAUUAAUUCUGCCUGUUAAGUCAUUCCAAACAGACCCAGGGAUCCACCAAGAUGAAGGGGUAAUGUAGUGUCCCAAAUAAUCUGAAAAUGGAGACAGUUUGGAUGUGAAGAACUAAUAAAAUAUCAAGCCAGUACUUGACAAUAAAUUUUGUGUUAUUUUACAGUAGGAUCCACUAGCAAAGUGCCAGCAAACCCACUACUCCAGGGAUGCUGAUUACUUUAAGGUAUCUCAAGUGAUGUCUGCUGUAAGUGACUUCCAGAUCUAACAACCAAUUUUUCUAAGUUUCUUUUAUAGGUAAAAACGUGUCCUCUUUUCAGUCAUAAUUCCUGUACUUCACCUGUAUUUCACGUUUUUCUACUACAUCAUUUCAUAUUUUGUAAAAGCAGUGCAAAAAGUCACCAAACAACUACUGGAUACAAUGGUUCUUGCAUUACUGUUAUUCAUUUUGAGGGCAAAUUUAUUGAUUUACCAGAUCGAGUUACGGAGGACUUGCUUCCAAUAUGUUUAUGAAAUUGCAGAGUUUUUCUUUUAACGCCAGCUUUUACAACAUAUCUUAGCCAUGACAGCAAAACAGCAGGCCGACGGCUGUACAGCUGUAUAUCUUAUUAAGCACUUCAAUAUUCAGUAAAGAAUUCUAAACUCCCACCUUUAGGUAGACAGGUGGACAUAUUUCUACCAUCACUACCUUUGGAAGAUUUGAACCAGUGGGAUUCUGUGUACAGAAUAUGUGUCAAAUAGUAUAAAUUCAAACAUUAAUGUAAUAACUUCUGCAAGCAUAAUAUAAUUAAGAGACCCCUAAACACUUAGUAUAGGAUACUAACAUUCUACAUACAGCACAACUGUACCCUUAAGAAGGAACAAAAAUUUCCUAAUAUUGCUAUGUAGUUCACUUUUUUCCUGCAAAAAUGUCUCCAUCUUCGUGUAUCACUUACUACAGGCACAGGGAUAGCUGACCUUACACUCAGAUGCCCCGGCACAAAGUAAGAGAUCACUGUGACACCAUAUUCAGCUUCAGUUUCAUCUUUAGGCCUCCCUCCAGCAGUUCCACUUUACAACCCUGUAACAGGAGGGGCUUGGUCAUGCUGGUUUCAUGCAUUAUGCUUACACGUAUCUAUGUAUUUAGUUUGAAAACUCACAUAUAGCAAUCUAAGAUCCCAUUAUUUGAAUGGCUACGUUCUGAAUUUUCUCCCUUUUUGUUCUCUUUAAGGACUUUCUUCUGCCUCACGCGGAUUCAGAUAGAAACCUACCCUUAAAAGGAGCACUUCUCACUCACUGCUACCUGAAUGUGACAAAUUAGGCAGAGAAAGGCAAACCACACAGAAUACCUCCUGUUUGCAAACAGCUUGAACUGGGGGAGCAAAAUGAUGAUAAAUAUUUAACUAAUGACACGUUUGCAGGAAACUUUUGCAGGCAAUUGGAUAACCCAGAAGCCCAACCUUGCAGUAUGUAGGUUGUCUGCCAUGCAUUCUUGAGUGUCUUUGUAACUCCUAGGGUUACAAUUACUUUAAAACAAACACCCAAACAAACCAUCAACAUUCAAUUUACCAUUGAAAAUGGCCUCUCUAUUAUGUUUUCUUAAAUUAAAACUAAUAUAGCCUAGUCAUAAGGAUUCACUCGAGAGCUGAUUUCGUAAAGCACACCCCAUUGUGGCAAUUAACUCUUCAAGCUGAAGAAUUUUAAUCAAAAGCGUAUUUCAGAUAUACCAUACCUGAAAGUCCCUAUACUCAUUUUAUAUUUUAGUCUGGGUCCCUCUGAAGGCACAUCAGUGUUGAAAUAGGAGAUAUGUGCAGAAUACCUGGAUUAAGUGAGAAUUUGCUAAUUCAGUAAAUUUCAGCGUUAGGGAGGAAUUUGUGCAAUAGGAGACUAAAAAUGACAACUUCAAAUGAAGUGUAAAAAUGAGGUCUUAACCAUCCAGUUACUACAGAUCCCACAUGAUCUGUGCAGAGAUAGAGCUGUUGGGGUUUUUUUUUUUUUUGCUCUGUGCUGUGUUAAGCAGUUGACAUCUUUUCAUCCUUGAGGAGGUGCUCAUAUUUCAAUAGAAGAUUAAGUCAUUGCUGUGACUCAUCACAGGGUUUUUUGUUGUUUUUUUUUCCCUUAUUUUUUAGUGCUUUAGGAUCUUUGGGGAUAAGAAGCUCUGUUACAAAGGUAUAUUAGUGCUUCUGGUUAAAGUGGGUUGUUUUGCAUUUGAAGCAAAAUUAAUUUACACACUGCUGACUUCUUCCACCAACUUCCUUAGAUCAUAAAGUUUACGCAUGCAGCAGUACCAACCACUUGCUGAUAAUUCAUCCACACCCAGACUGUAGGUUCAGCUGUGAGGUAGACUUAAAGAAAAUCCAGAUAAUGACAGCUGGAAUGAGAAAUUAGAGAACCCCCUCGCGAAGAUGCAGAUGUAUUACAUGGAGGAACCGAGAACAACUCACCUUGUAAGCGAGCAUACUGUAAAAAGCAAUGUCAGUUCAACACUUCUAGCAACAUCUAAUGUGAAAACCCGUGACUUAAUUAAGGGAAUGGAGCUAAAAGGGUUGAGGGUGCCGGGCAUUUCAGUCAGAACACGGGGACGCAGCUCACAUCUUGCAAGCUUUGUGAGUAACUGCUAUUUCUGUUGUAACAGAAGGCUUUUUCUUUUUGAACUGUUUUUAAUGCAGGCAUCAUGGUGAGUAAGGAGCCCAGCAAAUGCUUACUCACCACCUCGGAAAGCGAAGUUGAGCCCGCAGCUUCGCUCGCUUUGGAGAUGAAAUAUGCACUGGAUCCCAACCGGCAGAUAAAGAAACGCAACAAAGCCCUGCAGGUGAGAUUUAAGGAUAUCUGCGAGGCCCAGAACGAGCAGCGGGACAAGCAGCUCUCCACCACCCAGGAUACAGACAAAAGAGAAGCCAAGCCCGUUUCCUACAAAACGGCGUAUCGCAAGUACAUGACGGUGCCUGCCCGGAGGUCCAUCCCCAACGUCACCAAGAGCACAGGAGUUCAGACAUCCCCCGAUCUCAAGAAGUGUUACCAGACCUUUCCUUUGGACCGGAAAAAAGGGAAUAUCAUUAAAAGCGCCUCGGCUGUUGACACCUUUAAGAGUGAAAACAACGGCUUCCUGAUAGACAUUAAGGAGAAGGACAGCAGGAGCUCGGAGGACGGCAGUCAGUGGGGCAAGAAGGCCGGCAGCCUGCAGACGGCCGAGUUCAUCUCCCACGUGGGCGAGCGGGCGAGCGCGGGGCCCGGCGCAGCCUGGACCUGGCAGGGCGCUGAGCUGCACGGCUGCAGCCUCCUCGACGCGGCCGAGCCCGGCAAGGGCAAGCCGGGAGCCGAGGAGCCGGGCCAGCCCCUCCACGGGAGGGUGUUUAAGACGGAAGUGGCCACCGUCUACCUGCCGGCGGGCGGCCCGGACGCCUCGCAUCCCGAGCCCGACUGGUCGCUGUGCCCGGCGGGCGAGGAGGACAAAAAGAGGACCGUGCAUCUGAAUGGCGUGCAGGCCCAGGCGGGAGAUGCGGCCGCCUGCCCGUCGCAGGCGCAGUGCCGGGCCAGCGAAUGUAGCGAGCGGGGCCUGCAGGUGAACGCGGCGCCCAUGGAGGCUGCGCAGCCCUGCCAGGCUGCCGUCGCCCUGAGCGAGGAAUGCCAACAAAUCGUGCCUCACACGGAAGUUGUGGACUUGAAAGCGCAGCUUCAGAUGAUGGAAAAUUUGAUCAGCUCGAGUCAGGAAACCAUCAAAGUGUUGUUGGGUGUUAUACAGGAGCUAGAGAAAGGAGAAGCUCACAGAGAAGGGCUUUCAUAUCGGACCGGUCAAGACACGGCCAACUGCGACACGUGCAGGAACAGUGCAUGUAUCAUCUACAGUGUGGAAUUGGAUUUCAAGCAGCAAGAAGAUAAACUACAGCCAGUUUUGAGAAAACUUCAUCCUAUUGAGGAAACUCAGGUUGCACCUUUGCCUUAUUCUCAGGAGAGCUACUCCUCAACUCCCAAGCAAAAAUCCAAAACUGAAUCAAAAAAGCAUGGAAGAUGGAAACUCUGGUUCCUUUAACCAAGUCCAUUAACUGUGGAGUUCAAGGCCUUCUCUGAAAUAUAUUUGGAGUUCUGUCACUCAUCUCCAAGGGAUGUCGGUGCAUUGCUCCGUGUCACCGGCCCGUGCUGUUCUGACUACUGUGGCAGCGUUCAGUUCUCACCGUAUGUACCAAAAAGGCCUUUGUACCUACAAACUCAUGUUCAGAAGCAAGGGGUGAUGUGACACCUCGUCAGCUUUUAUUUGCGGUUCACCAAUGUGGGAUGUAAAACCUGAAUUGAAAUUUAUACUGAGAUGGAAAGGAAAACUAUUCCCUCCCCCUCCCUUAGAUCUGAGAGCAUCACAUUCUAACCUGUUAAAUCGUAGGCUGUCAUCCUGUACACAGCUAAAUAUCACUUUUGUUUUAAAGCCUUUUGGGGGUUUGGUUUAUUGUCUUUAAAUAACGAGGGGGGAAAAAAAGAAAAAAAGCAAGCAAGCCUUAUGUAUGCAGUGAUCUUCAGUUUUACAAAUCCAUGUUGAUUGGGGAGUGCAGUUUUCAGCACAUCUAUCCCGGACAAAGCACAAUUUUUCAUGUGGUCCAAGACCAUGAAUACUCUCUGAGAUGUGACUAUGUGUAUAUUUGCCUUCAUGUGUUGUAGACUUCAGCCAAGCUAUCACAUUUUGACAACGCACCAUCAGUUCUAAUUUAGCUGUGUCCUCACCACCAGGCAAACAAGGCUGCUGCCCGUCACCAGCAGGUGGGCAGUGAGAAAUGUCCCAAAUCAGGACAAGCCUUAACCACACCAAGCUGACAGGGUCAAGGCUACAGGACAAUAAGCCGUCCUAAAUCUCCCUUUUAAUCUUUUGCUGCCCCAAAGCUCUAAACGACACAUUCUGGCACAGAAAAAAAAAAAGACAACAAUCUGAAAAACACAAAACGAACAAUAAAAAGUUCUACGGAUUGCUGGCACUUGCCAUGAUUUAGUAUCUUUUUCUAAGGCAGUCUUUGGAAAACCUCUACAUUACUGCAGAAGGCACCAUAAAUUUUAUAGUAUGCAUUGUGCUGUGAAACCUGCCUGGAAGGAGCAGCAAUUUUAGAAGCUGUUUAUUUACCAAGCUGGGUUUCUCAACCAACACAUUACAAUUUAUACCCAUAUCUAUUAAUUGUACUAAGUGACCAGCACUCUCCUACGGAGGAAACGUUUGAUUAUUUUUCCUUUUUAUUCCUUCUUUUCACGUUGCUCUGAAUUAUAAACUGAAAAACGUUUCCUUUAAGUACUUGUUGCUGUCAUUAAGCUCAUAUCUACAACGACCACAUCUCACACUGGAAGUGGACAGGGACUGGGAAUACUGCUGUGUUGGGUCUUUUUUAAGAAGUCGUACGGAGUUACGUGGCAGUCUGCUUUACUAAGAUUUGCUUUUGAGAUUUCACACCCUGCAGCAUCACUGAGACAGGAAUUCCUUAGUCUAUAGGUGGUAGAAAUACCAUGAGUAGCAGAUGAGUUUGCACAUACUACCAAACUUGAAAUGUUUUCAUUGACACUGUUUUUUUUCUGAGCUCAACAUCCAGCCCGUAGCUACAAGAAAAUCUGAGGAGAAACACAUGCCUGUUUGCUACGGGGAAAAGGUAAGAAAAGGAAGUUAGAAUGGGAACAGACACGCAGAAGAUGUCAAUGUCCACCUCCAAAUGAAUUUCAGUGUGCUUAACUGAAAAGGUCACUUUGUAGGAAACUUCAAGAGGGCUACGAGUUCUUGUACGUACAUAGACAAUACCCUGAAAUACUCUGAAAGGUGAAGGAUCAAAUGAGGUGACCGGACCCUGUGUACCAGGAAAGAAGUGCAUUGUUUCACGAGGAAGAAGUGUGUUUCGUGUGUUUUAUAUCAUUUUUAAUUAAAGAUACAAAGCUGUUUACGAGGCAGCUCGCCUCACAUGCUCUAGAAACCCACCCAAUUACUUCCAAACAAGAAAAUCUCUGUUUUUUUUUCCCUAAAAUGAAAUAUCAAACAUGGGUAAAACAAAAAGACACAACGAUAUUCAGCAUUUCAAAAUAAUGCCAAUCAUUUACGAAUUUAUAUAAGCUAACGCGCCAUUUAAUUAAAGAAAUUAAAUCAAGCAUCUCACAGUGGCAACCAAUUACAAAUCGUUAGAGUCACCUCAUCAGCAGCUUUCCCCAUCAACCUGUUCUAAAUGUUCUCACGUGCAGGGACUGACACAAAGCUCAGCUGCUCCGUCUGCGGUUCUGCCUCGCUCAGAGCCCAGGGUUCUGUAUGCAUGUCACACCACGGAGGAAAUCUCACCGGUGGAACACGUGAGAGCUGCAAGGGAAGGUUCUCACGGCGUGUUCUGGACAUGUUCAGGCUAUUUUCUUAAAGAGUUGCAGAUUUUUAAUUUUUUACAUUUUUUUAAAAAAGGAAAAGCCGACAUGCAUCUAGUCUUGCUUAGACUUACAUACCGUGUUCUGUCCUACCAUACGAUGUAAUUUGUAAUAAAAUGUUUUUGCAAGUGUGUAAAAAGUAUCAUAUUGUAUUGCAUUUAGAACCACUCAGGCUCAGCCUAGGUAAGCAGAGAGAAUCCUCAUUCUUUAGAGCUUUUGUUAAACGUGACAUGAUGCUCUUUUCACCCUCGUGCAGAACACCUGAAACUCAGCUAUGAGGUGAUAGCAGAGAAAAAUACAUCUUCACUUUCAGUGUGGCACAUGACAUAGUUUUGCCAAAUUCACCGACAGCCCUUCCACACACUGAUUUGCUACAUGCACUUCUCUCAUAUCACGCUGAAACUAAUUUUUAGUCAAUAAAUACUGCAGUGACUUUAUAUUACUUGCUAUUUUCCGAGUCCGUAUCAUUGCCAUUAAGCAACAGUUCUUUGUUUUAUAACUACUAGGAAACACUAUUCAUGUACGUAUCACUUGUUUUCUUAAAGGAGGAUUAAAAAAAAAAAAAAUCACUGUAAAAACAGUUUAACAAUCAGGAUAAACUGAGAAAGAAAUCAUGAUUAAAACUGAAAAAUCCUACCAUCAGUACAAAGUGUUUGCUUUUUCUUGCUUCAGGUGCAAAACCGUCUGUGCUGGUCAUCUCACUCAGCGUGUUAAUGGUUCAUCAGGUAUUUAAAACGGGACAGAUUUGUUUCUCAGGAACACUUCCAACCCCAAACCACUGACAGCCCCAUUCCUUCAGCACCUGCGUGCACACACUGCACAUUGCUCCUGGAAUCUCUUAACCAGUUACUGUGCAAUUCUGUUCUUGUAGAAAGACAGAGACUGCAUUAUUUCAGCAGCCAUAACACAGAAGUGGGGCUUAUUAAUGUCACUGGAGAGCUGGAAAUGAGCUGCUGAGCAGUGAAGGUGCAUGCAGUUGGUUCAGAUAAGCACUGGCACCGCACAGCCCAGACCCAUUGGCUGCACUGGUGGUGUUACCAUUCUAAAGCAGCUUGAUAUCAGUGGCAGAACAAAACCAUUACCACCAUCCUCUUCAGUUUUCAUCACAGAAUCCUUAGAGGUGAAAGGGACAUUUUGUAAGUCCAACUCCCCUGCAAUGAACAGGGACACCACAGCUCCAGCAGGUUGCUGGCCUCAAAAGCCUCCAAGGAUGGGGCAUCCACCACAUCUCUGGGCAGCCUGGGCCAGUGGAACAGGUUGUGAAAUAAGUUUGCAACACCACUUCAAAUGCUUCCACAUGAAAAGAAAAUGUGCAAUUCAAUAAAGUAAAAAAUUUUACCCCCUAAUAGUCUAGUGAAGAAAAUGAAGUUUUCUGCUUAAUGCUUUGGAAUGCCAAGCAUUGUUAUCUGUGAAGUUUGGGUUUAGAAAGAUAAUUUACAUCCUCUAGCUUCAACUCAUAAACAAGGUGAGCUUCAGAACACUCUCCUGUGACCAUCAAUACCUCAAAUUUCACUUCUGGAAAGGCAUCCCUGACUUGAAAAGACAACAGACAGCAUCUACCACCAUCUAUUAUUUCAGUCUUCCCUCCUCACAUCAGUGCUGUGUUCUGCUGUUUUACACUUCUUGCUCCCAUGUUGUCAUCAGUUCCACUUCUUCCCUCUGCCCGGUGUCAUUUCCACCCUGCAGAGAUUCUCUCCCACCAUAUCUGAGCAGCACCUCUAAACCUUCCAUUAACAUCAGAUGGCUGAAGUGUAUCACAUUGAAACCUUUACUUUCUGAUCACUUUUGCGGCUCCUCACUUCUUGGUUUCACUGCAUUCUUUUCCAAAAUACGGCAGGAAAGAGAAGCUCCAUGGGAAACACUGCACCUACUGCUAGAGCCACAAAGUCCCCUCCUGCCCACUGCUCCCCUGUCACACAGCCCAAGGGAAUUUAAAGGUGUCACAGUGGGCGUUCAGCUGGCUUUUCACCAGAGACCCAAUGAUGUUCAGAGCUCCUCAGACACCCUCACAGCAGCACAGCCACUUCCUACCCCCCUCCAAGCUACAUCUUCACUCUAGCAAAAUGAAACGAUGCUUGUUCCACAAAGUAAAGGAACCACAGAUUGCACUGCACUGCUCAUCAAAGCCAGAGAUUAGUAAAGAGUGCGUCAGGAAUGGAGUCAGAAGGGACAAGAGAUUGUACAGGAGGCAAAAUUCUGCUCCUUCUGAUACCCGGGUCACUUACAAGGCCAAAAUUACCUUUUCAAAUUCUAACUGUUAGUAACCAGCUGUAGUUUUGAUGAGAAUUGUUAGAAGCUGUCUCUAGGUCUCACCUUUCUUGGGAAAAACUUGCACAGCAGCUCUGCUUCAGUUAGCAAACAGAUCGAGCAGAAUCACCCAAGUGAGACUUCCAGAAGAAAAACCACACUCCGAAAUAACAAGUACUAAAAUGGCAAUCUGACUUUUUUCAUCUUGAAAUCUAUUUGAUGUGCCAAGUGGGGAACAAACCCUAAUUUCCAAGUCCAUAAAUUCACUGCUUUCACUGAACCAGCCUGUGCAAGCAGCCAGAAGCACAAAAACCUUUAAAAGCUUUUUACCUGUAUUCACAUUGAAAUAUGGCAAAAGUUAACAAAAUUCUCUCUCAUUUCCUGAACCAAUGAGGAAUGCUGAGGAAUCCCACGGAGAAACAAAUCUCACCAUGUUUCCAUGUGGGUCCUCACAACACUGUAUGUGCCCACAUCCCUGCCUACUGCAAAGGACAGGAUUUGGUCAAGUGGGAACUACAGCCCAUUCACUUUUCCUCAACGUUUCUCCAAAAAAAGACAUACAAAACCCUAUCUGAAUGUUUUAAUGGGGAGAAAACUACUGUAAUUAUGUGCAGCAUCUGUAAUAGACUCUAAUUACACUGUCUCCUGCAACAGUAAAUUCAGUAUUCCUCUUACAUUAGCACAUACAGCAACCUGAAGCUAUGCUGAAGACUUCUGCUCACUAAUGCCAAAGAACAUCACACACACAGCACAUCUCCAGCCCCACAAGCACUGGCACCCAGCAAGUAAUUUAAAUGGGAACAAUAUCUAGAAAGCAAAUGCCUUCAGUAUUUAUCCUUAGCGAUCACACAGUUCAGGCAUCCCAUGAGGCACUGAAAUUAGAAUCAAGUUCCAAAUAUGAACAAGACUGCUGCUCUCAUUUGCCAGUGCUAAUCAAAGCAGGACCCAAGCAGGUAGGUAGUUCUCUUCUAGAGAAGUAAACAUCAGCUCUUCAGUUGAAGAUGACAUUGCUACUGCUUCAAGGUGAAAACAUGCCAACUGCUGAAUGCCAGUAUUUACACAAGAAGCAAAUUGCAUAUGCACAUGCCCUGAUUUUAUUGCUUAUGAAAAAGUUAUUAUUUCAACUAUGCUUCUAUGGUAUCGCUCAUCUUUAAACUCCUUCCUUCUUCUCAUCCUGCAGGAGCAAUUCUCCAAUACGAAUUUUGGGUAAAACAAUUCUGGUAGUGAUAAAAGAAAAGGCAUAAUUUCAACCUGACUCUAACCCAGAAUCCAAGCAGCUCGAAUGCAGAACACGAGGUCAGCCAUUCAGAGAGAUGGAAAACCCAGUUUGACCAGAACUCUUCCUGUCCCCUUACACAUGCUACACACAAACUACAAGCCAAUGCUCUACUGCUUACUGAACACACACAGUUACAGAAGGUUUUGAUUGCUUUGGAUCACUUGGGAUUCAAAUCCUAUUACAUUCAGGUACAGAAAGAUGUGACAAAGGUAUUUAAGUUUA